CGUUUCCUCCUCUAUUCUGAAAUUUCUGCUUCUGUUUCUUCAACUUGUCUUCUUGAUUCAUAGUUCUGAUUCUGCCACUAUCAUCAAGUUUCUUCCUGGUUUUGAAGGCCCUCUUCCCUUUGAGCUUGAAACCGGUUACAUUGGUGUUGGUGAGAAGGAGGAAGUGCAAUUGUUCUACUACUUCAUCAAGUCUGAGAGGAACCCUGAGGAAGACCCUCUUCUUCUUUGGCUAAGUGGAGGUCCUGGCUGCUCUUCCAUCUCUGGCCUUCUUUUUGAGAAUGGGCCUCUGACUAUGAAACUUGAUGGUUACAAUGGAACUCUACCUGCUUUGGUCUCUACUACAUACUCAUGGACAAAGAUUUCAAGCAUAAUAUUCUUGGAUCAGCCUGUUGGAACUGGCUUCUCCUACUCAAGAACUCACCUUGGUAACAAACCAAGUGAUUCAGGAGAGCCCAAACGGAUCCAUGAGUUUCUUCAAAAGUGGCUAGGAAAGCAUCAAGAGUUUUCCUCAAACCCUUUCUAUGUUGGAGGAGAUUCUUAUGCUGGUAUGAUUGUUCCAGCUCUCGUUCAAGAAAUCUCAAAAGGAAAUUAUGAGUGUUGCAGUCCUCCAAUAAAUCUUCAGGGCUACAUGCUCGGUAACCCAGUAACAGAACCUAAAACUGAUUAUAACUACCGCAUUCCAUAUGCUCAUGGUAUGGCACUAAUCUCUGAUGAGCUAUACGAGUCGCUGAAAAGAGUAUGCAAAGAAGAAUAUACAAAUGUUGAUCCACGUAACACAGAGUGCUUGAAACUCCUUGAAGAAUAUAAAAAGACUUAUCGCUUUGUGUUAUCUACAUACUGGGCCAAUGACAAAACCGUACGCAAAGCUCUUCAAAUCAAUGAGGGGAGUAUAGGGGAAUGGGUACGAUGUUACCGGGAUAUUCCUUACAAUCAUGACAUUGUAAGUAGCGUACCUUACCAUAAGAAUAACAGUAUCAAUGGCUAUCGUUCUCUCAUCUUCAGUGGUGAUCAUGAUAUGUCAGUGCCUUACCUUGGAACUCAAGCUUGGAUAAGAUCUCUCAACUAUUCCAUCAUUGAUGAUUGGAGGCCAUGGAUGAUCAACCACCAAAUAGCUGGAUACACAAGGACUUACGAAAAUAAAAUGACAUUUGCUACUAUUAAAGCAAGUCUUUCCUCUUCUUUUUCUUUCCAAACUCUAACAAUUUUAUUGGGAGCUUUAUUGAGUUGUGAACUAAUGGCUAAAGACUUCGUUUCCUCCUCUGUUCUGAAAUCUCUGCUUUUGUUUCUUCAACUUGUCUUCUUGAUUCAUAGUGCUGAUUCUGCCUCUAUCAUCAAAUUUCUUCCUGGUUUUGAAGGCCCUCUUCCCUUUGAGCUCGAAACCGGUUACAUUGGUGUUGGUGAGAAGGAGGAAGUACAGUUGUUCUACUACUUCAUCAAGUCUGAGAGGAACCCUAAAGAAGACCCUCUUCUUCUCUGGCUAAGUGGAGGUCCUGGCUGCUCUUCCAUCUCUGGCCUUCUUUUUGAGAAUGGGCCUCUGACUAUGAAACUUGAUGUUUACCAUGGAACUCUACCUUCUUUGGUCUCUACUACAUACUCCUGGACAAAGAAUUCUAGCAUAAUAUUCUUGGAUCAGCCUGUUGGAACUGGCUUCUCUUACUCAAGAACUAAUCUUGGUAACAUACCGAGUGAUUCAGGAGAGGCCAAACGGAUCCAUGAGUUUCUUCAAAAGUGGCUAGGCAAGCAUCAAGAGUUUUCCUCAAACCCUUUCUAUGUGGCAGGAGAUUCUUAUUCCGGUAUGGUUGUUCCCGCUCUCGUGCAAGAAAUCUCAAAAGGAAAUUAUCAGUGUUGCAAUCCUUCAAUAAAUCUUCAGGGCUACGUCCUCGGUAACCCAGUAACAGACGGUAAUGGUGUAAACUACCGCAUUCCAUAUGCUUAUGGUAUGGCUCUCAUAUCUGAUGAGCUCUAUGAGUCGCUUAAAAGAGUAUGCAAAGGAGAAUAUGUAAACGUUGAUUUAAGUAACACAGAGUGCUUGAAACUUGUUGAAGAAUAUAAUAAGUGUACAAAUAGAAUAUUCCCAUAUUCUAUACAUUAUCCAUGGUGCAAAACUCAAAAUCCAAAUUGCUAUAUGUAUCGCUAUGUGUUAUCUACAUACUGGGCCAAUGACAAAACCGUACGCAAAGCUCUUCAGAUCAGUGAGGAAAGUAUAGGGGAAUGGAUACGAUGUAAUCUGGAUAUACCUUACGAUCAUGACAUUGUAAGUAGCGUCCCUUACCAUAAGAAUAACAGUAUCAGUGGCUAUCCUUCUCUCAUCUUCAGUGGUGAUGACGAUAUGGGAGUGCCUUACCUUGGAACUCAAGCUUGGAUAAGAUCUCUCAACUAUUCCAUCGUUGAUGAUUGGAGGCCAUGGAUGAUCAACGACCAAAUCGCUGGGUACACAAGGACUUAUUCAAAUAAAAUGACAUUUGCUACUAUUAAAGGAGGUGGGCACACUCCAGAGUUUAAACCAGAGGAAAGCUUUGUCAUGUUCCAAAGGUGGAUCAAUGGCCACCCUCUGUAAAAGAGGAUAAUAACUAUGGUCUAAGAGCAGUUCCAACCGUUAAACUCCUUUUUUUUUUUUUUUAAAGCAACACAUUAUUAUUAAAAAUUAAACUGUAUAAGGCCAAUACAAGAACGUAAUCAACCACUCUGGGGGGAAUUGAGAAAAACAUAGAAGAAAUAGAAUCUUGUAAACUACGUUUUGAC